UUUAUCUUUUCAUAUCAUAUUGAAUAAAAGUGAUAUUCAAUAAAUUCUAUUUUUAUUAUAAUAUUGUAUAUACGAUCUUGCAUUUUUUCAGUCAUCUGAAAAUUAUAGGUUGCAAGAUUCAAGUACUUCGCGUUGUGGCAGAAUAAGAAAAGAACAUACUUUUCACUUGUUCUGUGGGAACAUAUACAUAAACUCUAUUUGUUUUCUUAAGGUCCAAAUUUAUCGCAUCAUUUUAUAUUAGAAAGUUUAUAUUACUGUCUCACGAAUCUCCGCCUUAAUGUUUAACAACGAACGCGGUCUUAUAGUAUUUGGUAGCUAUGAUUUGGAAGUCUUCUGAUUGUCAGUCUAUGCACGUUUAUCAAAUAUAACGGCAUUAACAUAUCAAGUACAAUAAUUUUUUGCGUCAGGCAAUCGGUACGAAGAUAUGAGUCGUACAACUUAAAGCCUGAUGCCGAAGAUUAAAUACGUCUGAGACAUUUAAGUCCCAAUAAGGUUAGAUUUGUUAACCUUAAAGUAUAAGCAAAGAACCAUUGUUGAACGAAAUGGAUCGUCUCGGUGAAGAUGAAACUGGCAAUUCUUAUGUGGAAAGACGUGUAAGCGGCCGAGGACGAGGUCGUGGUUCUUGGGUGCCAAUGCCAAAAAAUACGCAAGAACAGCAGAUAUUAAGAAGACCACAUUAUGCCGGUAGUGCACAUCCAGCUGUCGGUUCUACUGUGACUAACUGCUCUGAACAAAACAAAUCACAAGAAUCUAUUAACAGUAUUGUUGAAAAUUCAACCUUAUCGGUAGAUGCUGCUGAAUUUGUUCCUAAAUGCCAGAGUUAUGUUGUACCUAUGCAACCAUCAUCAAUGAUUUGGCCCAAACAUUCUGUCCAAAAUAGAAUUCAAUUAGCAAGAGAAUUACCUCAUCAAUUACCAGGUCAAACACAAUUACAACAUAGACAGAUAAUAGAGAGGCAACACUAUGAGCAUUUUUCUGAUUCCAUACAUUCAUCUCGACAACGUCACUUAGAAGAACAAGAAGAGUUACGGCUAGAUAAUCAGGAACAAAAUUUAGCAAAUACAAUGCAUCAGCUAAGUAGUGUGAUGCAUUAUUUAACUAUGAAUCCUGGAAGUUUUGCAUCUUUAGUACCACCACUUCUCAAUAAUAUCAAGCUUCAUUGUGAAUCUCCUACUGAACUUCAAGAAAUUGUAGAAGUUGUAAUAGUACAGAGUAUAAAUGAAGGAAACUUCCGAUAUAGCGGUGCUCGUAUUUUUAUGUGUCUUGAUACAGCCAUGACAAGAGAAGAACAAAAACCUUUCAGAGAAAUUCUACAUUCACUAUGUAAGGAUAAAACACAGAAACAAGCUUCUACUUGGCAAAAAAAUGACAAACACACAGAAGAAGAACAGAUGAAAUGCCAUGGAUUGAUAUUAUUCCUAGCAGAAUUAGUUGUCCAAAUGGGGGAUGUGCUUGCUUUUGAAUUAGGAGAACAGUUAAUACAACUUAUUUCUAUUGUAUUGAAAAAUCCAGGAUCAAAUUCUGCUAAACAUAUAUGCCAAGCACUUAAACUGGCAGGACAUACUUUAGAAAGAGAUAAAAGAGGUAGCCGAAAAGAAAUGGAAAAUAUGAUGCGUGCUUUAACAGAAUUAGUCACAGAAGGAAGAGCAGAUUCAAGUGUGGGUCGCAUGAUCGAUAGUGUACAUCAAUUGCGUAAUGGGAAUUGGGGACGAGAUAGUCAUAAUUCAUCCAGUCAAAAUUCAUUACCAGAACCUAUACAUUCAACUAAAAUACAACAUGAAUAUAAUGAACUUGUCUUGUAUGGUCCUGAUGGUAAAGUACUAUCUGCUGAAGAAAGUCAAUUCUUACAGGAUGCAGCAACAGAUGCUAGUGAUUCUGAAAAACAAGCAGAAAUAGAUCAGGAGUAUGAAGAAUUAUUGGAAGAUGAAGACGACGAGUCGUUCGCUACUGCUUAUGAAGAAUUUUUGAAACUUUUACCCAAUAAAAUUGAAAAUAAAGUACAUCAGUGAAUGUUAGUAUAAGAAAAAAGAACAUUUAUAGUAUGCAAGAACACUAAUAAUGAUCGUUCUAUAAAUAUUAGUAUACAAAUAUUUUUAAUCCUUUGGUAUAAGCUUAUACCUAACGUAUUUGAAAUAAUUUAUGUUAUAUUUAUAUAAUAAUUCUGAAAGAUAACAACUUACUGUCUCUGAAUAUUUAUAAAAUGGGCUUAAAUGCAGUAGUCAUAUGAUUUACCAAAAACGUUGACUAGCUUUGAAACGUUUAAUAUUGUAUAGAUUUAAUACAUAUAACUAUUAAAAUUAUUCAAAAUGUUG